CAUUAGGAAAUGAAAUUUUCUUUAUGGUUUGAUAUUCGUGACACCAUAAACCGUUAAUAUGUUGUAGGACUUCGCAUUCUGUCUUAUGCCUUGUGGUUUGGAUUGUUCGUACUUGGUUUUAUUUUAUUGACUAUAUUCCGAUAGAAGGCGCUAGUAACGCCGUUACCACAAAAAGAUCGAAAUACACCGAAUGAAUUACUUCCGGUUACGUGUUGAUCUUAUUAACCUGAUAUACAGUGUCAUUAUUUUGCAAAAGGAAAAAUUCUGCCUGUGUUUGUAGACUAUGGUCUGGUGCCCAGUAGUGACAGGGAGCUAACAAUCUUUAAAAUGCCGGGGCCUUCUAAAUCAAACUUAUCCAUGUGUAUUGUACUCAACAUCUGCAGUUCGAUUUUCAUUGUCGUGUUGAACAAAUGGAUUUACACAAAUUAUGGAUUCCCAAACAUAUCACUGACUUGUAUUCAUUUUUGUGUGACGACCGUUGGACUCGUUAUUUGUAAACAUUUGAAUUUAUUUCAACCUAAGUCAUUACCAUUACUUGAUAUGUUACCACUAGCUUUGAGUUUUUGUGGGUUUGUUGUGUUCACCAAUUUAUCUUUAGGUUUUAAUACUGUUGGUACCUAUCAGUUAAUUAAAGCCAUGACAACGCCAUGUAUUAUAAUGAUACAGACAAACUUUUAUGCCAAAAGAUUCUCUUAUAAAAUUCUUGGAACAUUGAUUCCUAUUACUGUAGGCGUGAUUUUCAAUUCUUAUAAUGAUGUAAAGUUUAAUACAUUAGGAAUUAUCUAUGCUUCCAUUGGAGUUCUGGUUACUUCAAUCUAUCAAGUGUGGGUUGGAACAAAACAAAAUGAACUUCAAGUUAAUUCUAUGCAGUUAUUAUAUUGUCAAGCACCCCUUUCAGCACUGUUGUUAAUGAUUGUCAUUCCUUUUUUUGAACCAGUAUUUCGCUUCCAUGGAAUUUUAUAUAACUGGUCGUUGUCAACACUUUGUGUUGUAUUGUUGUCAGGUAUUGUGGCCUUUUCAGUAAAUCUGACAAUAUUCUGGUUAAUAGGAAGCACAUCGCCUGUUACAUAUAAUAUGGUGGGACAUAUGAAAUUUUGUUUAACACUACUUGCAGGUUAUUUUCUUUUUCACGACCCUCUAAAUCUUUUACAGGGCGUAGGUGUUAUAAUUACAUUUUCAGGUGUUCUGUUGUAUACUCAUUUCAAGAUCCAAGAAUCAAAAACCAGUGCAUUACCGAUUUCACAGAAUAAAACAUAAUACAUAUAUUAUCUAUAUAAUCUGGUAUAUUUUGUAUCUUGCCAGAAGGCAUAUUAAUUAGGUAUAUUUUAUACAAUAAGUUUGGAAUUACAGUCAGAAUUUGAAAUUAAAUUCUUCCAUCAUCAGGUCUUAUCCCACAGUUGGAUCUUCAUAGUGUCUGUUGAACUAAUCUGAUAAAUUUGAUUGUUUUGAUUCUAUUUGUAAUGAAAGAAAUAUUAAAGCAGUAUUAGGUAAGAUUAGAUAAAGAGUCGACAGUUCUCGCUGUAAAUAAUUCAAAAAUAGAUUAUGAAAAUUAAAUAUGUUGAAAAUGUUGAAAAUUUUAGUCAAAUUACAUCACACUGAACGUAGCUAUCCGCGAUACAAUUAAUAUCGGAGACAUCCAAUGGCAUCGAGCAUUGAUUAUAGUCUUAGUAAGUUAAUUAAUGUGUGAUUAAUAAUUUAUAUAACAUUUAAAGCCUAAAGAAAGACCUGCAAUAGGCAGAUUUUGCCUGUUUAUGUUGAACUGGAAUGUAAAAUCAAUUAUGCAAAUUUUUUUUGUUUUAUUUGGUUGUGUUUUUACUUAAAGAAAGGCAUAAGAGAACACACAGAGGACAUUUGAAAUUAAAAGUAAUGACAUUGUACAAUUUAUCUCGAAUUUUCAAUUCUAUGAGGUUAGUGGAAUAAAAUAAAGUAAUAUCAUUCACUGCUACUCAUGCGUAGGCAAAAGCUAAAGCAUUGAUUCUAUUUCGCCUGUAUAUUCAUGUCCUACACUAUUUUUCAGUCCCUUAUUAUUUAUUUUAUACUCGCAUAUCAUAGUAGUAUAAUGUCAUCAACCAUCUGUCCAUCCAUCAAUGGAUAAUUAUUGUAAACACUACAGGACAGAUAUUUUAGAUUUUUGUUAAAAACUUCAGGGAUUGUGCAUUAAUUUUUCAUUGAUUUAUCCCUCUUGUCACUUAAAUCUCAUAAACUACUAGUCACUAUACUGGUGAAAAUGUUUUCUUGAAACUUUGCAGGUGGUGACAGGGAAAUAUAUUUCACUAAAUUUAAAAUGAUGUGAUAUGUCAUAUUUCCAUAAAAUCAUUUGUUUUAUUUGAAGCUUAGCUAAUUGUUGUAUAAAUCGUUAUUAAUAUAGCUAAUUUGUUUUUAUAGAUUAUAUUGGUUUUAUUUAAAAAUGUUGUUUAAUGUAUAUUUAUUAUGAAAUAUUUCAUAUGAUAUUUUCUCUUUUUGUAUAUGAAUAUUUUUGAUUAUCCCAUGUAUUUUUAUACGCCAACAUUUUCAUAUGGACUUAUAUUGUCACUGCCCCUGUUUUUCUGUUUAGAUGCAUGGUCGUCCUUCCGUCCACAAUUUGUUGGUGGACACUCUAGAGGUCACAUUUUUAUCCGAUUUUGAGGAAACUUGAAAUAUAAGUUUAUCUCCAAAAUAUCUCUUUCUUUCGAUAUUGGUAACUUCAUGGAUUAUGGCCCUUGCUUGUACGAAAAAUCAUGUUUUUUGCUUGUGGACACUCCGAGUUCACAAUUUUUAUCCAGUUUUGCUGAAAUUUGAAACCCAAAGCUUUCAGUUAUUUCGAUAUUCGUGUAUAUGGAACCAUAACUUCCUGGAUUAUGGUCCCUGAUUGAACGAAAAAUUUGUUUUUUUGCUUGUGGUUGCUCUAGGGCCAGAGGUCACAAAUUUUUAUCCAACUUAAAAAAAACGUUUGACUGUAUCACUGUUACACCAUAAUGAUGGUUGAGUUUGAAUUUUGUGAAAAUCGCACCGAAACUGCCAGUAUGUAAUUUCAAGGUUGUGGACCCUCUAGAGGUCACAAUUUUGAUCCGAUUUUGAUGAAACUUAAAAUGUUUCUGUAUCCCAAAAAUCUCGGUUCUUUGUGAUCACGCUUUUGAGACCCUAACUUUCUGGAUUAUGGCCCCCUGAUUGUACGAAAAAUUAUAUGUUUUUUAUUUAGCUUGUUCCCCAUCCAUCUUUUGCAAAUUGUGGGCGUAUCUUGCAUGGCAACUGCUGUUUCAUUUUAAAAAAACAAUGGUAUUACCAAUAUGAGGAUUUAAUAUAAGAAUGUAAUUAUUGUUUAUCCAUGCAGUCAUAUCAGUAUAAUUUUUAUAGUCCCAUAUUGAAAUGUGGUCGUUUAUUGUCGCCGCCCCAGUCCCGCGUCCACUAUUGUUUGUGGAUUCUCUAGAGGCUAAAGUUAAUAACCGAUUGACAUUAAAUUUAUACACAAUGUUUAAGGUCAUGAGACGAAGAAUCCUAUUGAUUUUGACCAAGUCCCGAUAAUUACUGCUUGAUCACUUUGAAAAAUCUUUUGGAUGCUUCAGAGACCAUAGUUAUCAUCUGAUUGAUUUUAUAUUUAUACACCAUGUUUACGCCUAUACAUAAUGGUUUGGAUUGACUUUACAUGUAGGUUGAUACACAGAGUUUAAGGUCUUGAGACAAACAAGUACAUGUGUAUUGAUUUUCAAUGAUUUUUGAUAACUUGAACAGCCAAAUCCAUGAUAUUAAAUGUUUUGUAUACUAAAUGUUAGCAUGGGCCAAACAAAUUCCAAUGAUUUUCUUAUAAUUACUUCAGAGGCAUUAUGGAAGAUCAGAUAAAGAGUUGGCUGUUCUCGCUAUAAUAGUUGAAUAGUAGUUAACAUAAAUAGAAUAUGCUGAAAAUUUCAGUCUAAUUGCUCCAAUCUGAACAGAGAUAUUAUUUUUAAAUUUUAGGCUAGUCUCGAUCAUCAUGACAUUACUAAAGUCGGUACGAUAAAAUCAAAGUCUCGAUUAUCCAUUUAUUGAUUUAGUUAUUUUUUAAAAAAAUGUAUUCCAAUCCACUAAAUAUCACAGGCUAGCUAUGACAUCGAGAGUUGAAUAUGGUCUGGAAAAGUUAACUACUGUCUAAUUAAUAAUUUAGAUAACAUUUCAGGCCUAAAGAAAGAUCUGCAAUAGGCAGAUUUGGCUCUUGCGUAAUGUAUGUUUAAUGAGUUGUUACUCUUAAUCAGAUUUUAGUGUAUUAUAAAUGUUUCAUUACGGAGAAAAGUAAAAAUAUGCAACAACUCUUGUUGACUGCCCGGACAAUUUAGCUGCUGUGGGCGUAUGUUUAAAUAUUUUUUAUUCAUUCCAUGUAAUUUUCUAUAUAGAAACAAUGGUACUACCAAUAAGAGGGAUUAAUAUUAAUAUUCUUGUAAAAAUAAAAAUGUGGAAUUGAU